AUGUCUGAAGCAUCCAGUCCCAGCCAGCGCAGAACAUCCGUCUCUGGCGGUUCGGGUUCUCAGCCCACGGCAGCCAACAAUGUUACUGGCGUAGGUAGUUCAGGGGAUAAGUCCUUCCAUAAGGGAGGCUCUCAUGAUCUCCUGAAUGAGGGGCCUGGCCAUGUGGUCGCCCAUAACCCACGAUCUACUAUCGGUGGAUUCCUCGGACUCAAGGAUCAAAAGACUCGGGCAGAGAACAACUUCCUAGCACGGGCAGAUAUCGCGUCUGGGAAAACCGAGUCCGCCGAGCAUGCUGGAGCCACCUGUACUACUGAGGACCAUAGUUUCAUGGGUUCCAAGCCUGGAGGUUCAGACGCUCUUCCAGGGUGGGAAACCGUGAAGAGCAUCAUACCAGGUGCGGGUGGUCAGCCCAGCUAG